CUCAAUUAUGAGAAUGAGAGCUCUUUUGAUAUUAGAAAGAAAAGAUUAGCAAAUAAGGCUGAAUUAGACAGAGAUCCAAAUGCAGUCAAAAAGCCAAGAUAUCCAAGCUGCUCUAAAAGGUCGACGAAGUAUUAUAAUAACGACAAAGAAAACAAACCUACUACUAGCA